CCAGAGUCUCACACCUUUUCUUUCUCUUUCUAUUUCUCCUCCCCUGUCGCGAUGAAUCUCUCCUUAUCCUUCACUAAUCCAAUCUUAAAUCGCCACGUAUAUUCCGCCGCAUUUUCUCCUCCUCCUCCUCCUACUCCACCUCUUUCUCUUCCUAUUCCCCCUCCCCGUUUUCUAUUUCUCUCUCCUCGCACCCCCACCACGUCCCGAUUCUAUAUUCUCUACCGCGUGCCCCAACGCGCCACCGCACUCUCAGCCACUGCUACAACUGCAUCUAUCUUCCGUGACAUCGCCGCUUCCGCCGCUGUCUUCGCUGGCGCUUAUGCUCUCGUCUUCACCUUCGAUAUUCUCACCCAAAAAGAAAUCAUUCAACAGAGUUUAAGUAGAAAAUUGGUGCAUAUAUCAUCUGGAAUACUUUUUGCCAUUUCAUGGCCAAUUUUCAGCAAUUCUGUUGAAGCUCGGUUCUUUGCAUCACUGGUCCCACUUGUGAAUUGCAUAAGGCUCGUAAUUCAUGGUCUCUCUUUGGCUGAUGAUGAAAGCCUGAUCAAAUCUGUUACCCGAGAAGGAAAUCCCAAGGAAUUGCUUAGAGGGCCCUUAUAUUAUGUAGUGAUGCUGAUGUUAUGUGCAGUUUUGUUUUGGCGUGAAUCUCCAGUGGGUGUCAUCUCCUUGGGUAUGAUGUGCGGCGGUGAUGGUGUUGCAGAUAUAAUGGGAAGAAAAUUUGGGUCUUCCAAAAUUCCAUAUAAUCAAAUGAAGAGUUGGGUUGGCAGCAUUUCCAUGUUUGUUUCCGGUUUCCUCAUUUCUAUCGGGAUGGUGUACUACUACUCAGCUCUUGGUUACUUCCAGUUGGAUUGGGGAGAUACGAUGUAUAGGGUUGCUUUAGUAUCUCUAGUGGCAACUGUGGUUGAAUCUCUUCCAAUUUCUAACUUAAUUGACGAUAAUAUUUCUGUUCCUCUUGCUUCCAUCCUUGCUGCCUAUUUUACUUCUAUACACUAAUUUCUUCUUUACCUAUUGUUACAUUCAUUUUAUUUCUUU